CAGCGCGCCACCGCCGCCGCCCCGCACGGAUCCCAGCUGGCGCGGCGCAGAGGGAGCACCGCGGCUGCGGCGCAGCCACGCGCUGGUUCGCAUCCUCGCGUCUCCUAGCAACGCCAAAGAUGGCCGGCGCGCGUGGACUCCUGGGGAGUGUAGUUCUUUUCCUUCCCAGCUCGGUCUGGGGCCGGGCCAUUAGGACCCGGGCGCCCUAGCCUACACUUCCUAGGUUGCUCCGCGCGCCUCCCAUGGCCUCGCGAGAGCUCUGGGCCAGAACCCAUCCGGGGAGAGGGAGUUCUCGCGGGGACUGCCGGGAGCUGUAGUUUGAAGCUGGGAGUCGCGCUGCCUGGUACUGGGGUGGAGGCGGCAGAAAGACUACAAAUCCCAGGGAGCGUGGCCCGACCGCCCGGAGGGCGGGGGGUACGAAAGAGGAACGCUAAGGGCGCGGGGGAGGCCGUGAAUGGCUGAGAGCUUUGGAGCAAGGAGUGAGUCCGUCCAGAUCCAGAGGGGUUGAGGACAGCCCCUGCAGUCCUCAGCUCCGGGGCGUCCUUUCAGUAAGUCGGGCGAGCCUACCAACAACGGGCCUCACCGUCUAUCUUGAUUCGCAGGCCUGGGACCAGGGGUCUGCGGCUUCUUAGCGAUCCCGCCCUGCCUCUGGAUGUCUGCAGCUCCCAUCUCGGAGGGCCAGGGCCAGCAGCCUGAGUGUUGUGUGGACGUGCUGGACGUCAACACCACCUGCGGGGGCACAAACCUGUGUGGUCCAGGCUGCUACAGGCACCAGAAUGAGGACGGCAGUGUCCACUGCGUCCGCUGCAGGAAUGGUACCUACAGCUCUGAGUGCAGUGGCCGCCCCGUGGCUCCCCCUGCCGGGCCCACCUGGCCUACGUCCCACCGAGGGGCUGCGUCUCCAAGUUCUGGAGGAACAGUCGCUGGCUGGGGCGCCCAGUUCCCGGUGAACCGGAGCACAGGGACGCCCGGGCAGCCAAAUCUCGGGAGCCCUCAGGUGGCGGCCUCCCUCUUCCUGGGGACACUGUUGGUCAGCUCCGGCCUCAUCCUCUCUGUGGCCGGCUGCUUCUACCUGAAGCGCACCAGUACACUCCCCAAAGUGUUCUACGGAAGAGGCAAAGCCCCUGCCCUGCAGCCUGGCGAAGCUGUAAGUAACCUGCAAGGAUGGGCCGAGCGCCCCGUGUCGUGGGCCCCAGGGCUGGGGGCCGCCCGCUCUUCUCACUGUGCCUUUUCUCCUUUUCAAGGCUGCCAUGAUCCCCCCGCCGCACCCUUCAGUGCGGAAGCCGCGUUAUGUCAGGCGCGAGCGGCCCUUGGACGGGGACACAGGCUCCACGGCCAUCUCCUCGGUGGAGGCCCGGGUCAGCAAUGUCUGACGCGGGGACCCACCCACAGCUCCGCACACCGCCUUGGAGAGAAGCCAGCACACGAAGGGCAGGUGCUGCCUGGCGAGGCCUCGGGUCAGGUCUGGACACAGCCCCUGACUCAGCGUGGCCACCUCCCAGCAGUAGAUGUGGCCACAAGUGCUUCCACCCCCCCAACGGCUGCUCAGUGUAAUGGCCUGGGAGCCGCGUCCUUGAGCCAGGCUGGAGACUGCGGCGGGGGUCGGGGGUCUGGGUCCCUCGGGAGAGACUGCUCCCAGCGGUCAAGAGCCUAUGAGGCCUGCUGGGCUGCUCCAUGCCUGGCAACGCUGGGGGCUCGGCCCCUCAGCCUUUCCAAGCCCACCAUGGGCAGACAUCCCCACACCACCAGGCCGGUUGGCCUCCUGGCAUCCCCUCUCGGAUGGUGUCCAGGCAUGGGGAGGUGUGAUUUGAGCACUGGCCCCUCCAAGGCUGAGGCGCCCACCGGGCUGUCCUAUAGCCAAGGCCCCACCCCCCGACCCCCAAGCCCAAGCCCACCACACACUUCCGGGAGCUGCAGAGGCGAGCUUCCUGGUUUCUUACUGACUUGGGUCAGUUUUAAGCAGAAAAGGCAGAGAGACUGCUUUCCUCCUCUGUCUCCUGCCCAUGAUCCGCUCUCCAUGUUGGGCCCAGGAACGGGCUCUGGCCUGAACUGCUGGAGAUCAAGGCCAUGUCCACCCAGGGUGACAUUCACCUGUGACUUCUGCCUGGGUAGCCUGGUCUCAAAGGACCUGUGGAGGGCCAUGCUGGCCAGUGGUCCUGCCCCAAUUGCCCCAGGCCUGGAGAUGCAUUUCUGGCCCCGGCUGGUUACACAUAGACCGGGGUCCCCAAGAGAAAGGAGCGUUUGUGGCCAUCUCUCACACACUGGGCUCGGCACUGAUCUUCCCACAUUCUCAUUCGGGACUGAUCUCUGUCCUUCGACGCCUGGGCCGUGUCCCAGGGGCCCAAGGCAGGGCCUGCACGCUCAGCUCCUGUGUCCCUUCCGCACCGUGACGCCUGUCCCAAGCGUUUACUUGAACCACUGGUCCAGCGGCUGAGAGGGCGCGCCAGCUUCCAAUCAGUGUCAAUAAACUAUUCAGGGCUUUCUUCCCCCA